AUGACGGAGCCGAUACCAUACAUUAAUGGGAAGACUGGAGAAAUCAUUGGCACAGUCUACACCGAGGGCAUUACGCGUGUCUCGCGAAAGAAGCUGCGCCAUUUCCUAAGUCAUGGCGAAGAUCUAGACAUUAGAUACAAUAAGCGACUCCAGCGUCUCACCUUUGACGAUUCCGAGAAGCAUGUGACGGCAUAUUUCGAUGACGGUAGUCAGCACAGUGGAAACAUGGUUAUUGGCUGCGACGGCUCCAGGUCCAAGGUUCGAGAGUACAUUGUGGGCAGCGAGGCGGCCAAGCAACAAGAUCUUGGCAUCACAAUGAUCAAUUUUCCCAGCUCACAUUAUAUCAGAGAGCAGGCGAUCCGAAAUAGAGACCACCAUCCUAUACUGAAACUAUCAUUUCAUCCAGAACUGCCUGGUACCACUCUUUUGGCAGCCCUUGAUACAUCUUCUCCAGAUCCAUCAGACUGGAAAUUUCAGAAUUACACCUCAUGGUGGGGAUCUCCGUCAGCACACGAACUACGUGACCCCAAAGUGAGGUUGGAUUUCUAUCGAGACCAUAUGAGUAAAUUCUGCGAGCCCUUUCGAUCAGCUGCGCUGGGCGGCGUGGUCUCGGACAUGACGAAUGGCUCGGAAGCGGCGGGCGAGGCCGGCGAAACCGUCGAGAGUGAGGUCGUCCUUCCCAUCUACGCCGGCCAGCAGUGGUCACCCUUGACGCCAAGAACCUGGGACAACCACAACGGCAGAGCGACGCUCGCCGGCGAUGCCGCACACAGCAUGUUGCCUGACCGUGGCCAAGGACUCAACAACGCUCUCGCCGACGCCGACUACGUCGUCUCGGCGCUGAGGUCAGUGGUCGUCGACAAGGAACGCACUUUGGGCGAAGCAAUAUCGGCCUAUGAAGAUGAAAUGCGCCCACGCGGCGGAAAGGAGGUCGAGUUGAGCUUUGAGCAGGCCCUAAGAUCCAAGGAUGUGAAGUCCAUGGCCAAAGAUGCUCCUAUUUUCCGCGUCGGGCAUGCACGACAGUGA